AUGCUGAUGAUCCUGGCCCGAUUGGCUCGCUCAGAAAGCUUCUGGGCGGUCGUUAAGCUGCUGCUGCUGCUGCUCACGCUCUGUGUGGCGAGCGCUGGAGCACUCUACCUCCUCGUGCUCCAACGCAAGCGACGCGUGCGCGCACUGGUGGGCCACAGCAAGAAGCUCCACGCCCUGGAGGGCAUGCUGCGACGGCUGCACCGCACGCCUCACCGCGAGCUGCUCGUCCUCCGAGGCGGCCUGCUGCUCCGCGGCUACUGCCCGCAGACGCCGCGGCAGCCGGCCGACCUCGACUUCCUGGGCGAGCACGAGAACGACCUCGAGGCGACGCUCGCAAUGCUGCGCGACGUCUGCACGGUCGCAGUGGGCGACGGGCUCGAGUUCGACGCGCAGGGCGUGGUGGGCGAGCGCACGUGGACCGAGACCGAGCACCCGGCCCUCAAGGCGAGCGUGCCCUACCGGCUGCGGUGCGACGCGGGGUGGGAGACGUGCAGCGUCGACGUCGGCUGGGGCGACCCGCUGGUACCGCCCGCGCACGCAGUAGCGCUGCGUGCCGUCGUGGGCGGCCGCGUGCCGUGCGCCCGCGCCGCGAGACUCGAGACUCUCUUCGGGUGGAAGUUGCAUGGGCUGUUUGAGCGCGAGGCGGCAGGGCUGAGCGCGCAGGGCAUCCCCAAGGGCUACUGGCGUCCGAAGGACCUCUUCGACUUGUAUCUGAUGGCGCGUUGCGGCGCGCUGGACGCCGCGCUCCUCCCCGCCGCCGUCGAGGUGGCCUUUAGCUCGCGCGGCUACCCGCUCUCACGCGUGGUGCGCGUGGCGCACGGCCACUUCGCCUCGGGACCGACCUCCAAGAAGAACUGGGCGCGCUGGCGCGCCUCGCUGCUCGACGCGCACGGCGGCGCGCUGCCGCCCCACACGCUGGCUGUGCCGGCGGAGCCUGCGCCGUGCGUUGCGGCGGUGGCGGCGCCGUGCGCGGCGGUGCUGCGCGCGCUCGGGUACGCGGCGCUGCCGGGCGAGGAGACGCCGAUCGCGCCCGCGUGGCAGGUCCUCGCCGAGUGGGCGACGCUCAUCGUGCCCUCCGAGUACAAGCCGCCCGAGGCGCUGCGCUUCCCGCCGGGCCUCGCCACCGGCGCCGUCAGCCCCGCCGACGCGGCGCGCGGCCUCGCGCUCCACUGCCACGCCGCGCUCGGCGCGCCCGUCAUCGUCGACCUGGUCUACCUCGAGCUGUACAGCGCCGACGCCGCCCACGGCGGCCGGCUCUACCACCGCAUCGGCGCGGCGGACGAGCGCGCCUUUGCCAAGGCGCACGCGGGCGCCGCGGGCGCGAUGCGCGCCGUCGUGGCGUACACGGCCGACGGGCAGCGCGUCGAGGUGCUCGAGGGCGAGCUCGAGGGCCGGGUGGUCCACCCGGUUCGCGGCGCGGCGCCGUACGGCUGGAACCGCUGCUGGGAGCCCGACGGCUGCGCGCAGACGCUGGGCGAGAUGGGCUCGUCCUUUUACGCGAUCCACCCACGGCUGAAGCCGCUGCUCGAGCUUGCGUCGCGGCUGCGCUCCGAGACGGCGUACGGCGUGCUUGAGGGGAACCGCGGGCUCUUCGAGCUGCACGUGACGGUCGACACACCGACCGAGGCGCAGGGCGGCCUCGCCACCUUCCGCGAGGCGUGCGCCGCGUGCAAGGUCAAGGCCGUGCUCAUCGAGAACUCGCUCGUCGAGCCGGCGGCGAAGAGCGCACGGCCGACGCAGCUGAUGACGGCGUCGUACGUCAAGGGGACGCUGCCCGAGGUGCACGUCGCGGCCUUCCGCCUCUCGCAGCGGCUGGUGGGGUACGGCUUCAGCGUAAGCCGCGUCAAGAUCGAGAGCACCUUCUCCAACCCCGGCGUGCCGCACACCGACGCCGAGGCCGCCGCGCUCUCGCCGCACAACUACUGGGAAUUCCACUGGAAGCUGCGCCUCCCCGCCUCCUACGACCACGCCGCGCUGGCCGCGCUCGUCGGCACACACGACGCGCGCCUCUCGCGCUCGGCGCUGCGCAGCCUCGGCGGCGGGUACCACCACCGCUUCGUGACGCUGCGGCUGUACGACAUGGGGCGCAGCUCGGCGCAGCAGCGGCUCGAGGCGCUGAGCGCAGCGCUCCAUGCGGCGCAGCACGAGGUAGGCACCGUCAUCCGCGAGUACGCCGUGUACGACUCGAACGAGACGGCGACCAUCUACCACUACCGCGAGAAUGUCAAGGAGUGGAGCGGCGCGCUGAUGCUCGCGCGCGGCCUGGUGGUGCGCGAGCCGCGGCACGGUGCGGCGCCCGAGCUGCUCGCGACGCCCUUCCCCAAGUUCUUCGACCUCGGAGCCGACGGUGUCUCGCUCGACGAGCUGCUGGCGCGCAGCGUCGCGUGGGAGGCGACCGAGAAGCUCGACGGCAGCCUCGGCCUCCUCUUCCACGAUGGCGGCGCGUGGCGGCUCACCACGAAGCGCGCGUGGCACUCGGAGCAGGCGGCGUGGGGCCGCGCGUGGCUCGAGGGGCGCGCGGUGUGGGCCGAGCUCUCACGCGGCACGACGUACGUGUGCGAGCUGCUCUUCGCCUCCAACCUCGUCGUGGUGCGCUACCCCGCCUCGCGCGAGGGCGUGACGCUCUGCGCCGCCUACGACGCCGACGGGCGCGAGCUGCCGCGUGCCGAGCUCGCCGACCACGCGAGGCGUGCCGCGCUGCCACUCGGGCUGAUCGUGCGCUUCGCCUUUGCCGACGGCGGCUGCCACCGCGCCAAGGCCGUCUCGCUCGCAGCGGCCGCGGGGGUGACGGACGACCGCUCGCUCGCGGCGUGCCUGAAGGGCCGCACGCACUGGGAGGACGGCUCGCCCGUCACCGCGGCGCAGCGCCGGCUGGCGCACCACGCGUGGGGCGGCAAGCUGGGGGGCCCGCCGCCGGCCGAGGGCGAGGCGGAGGGCGAGACGGCAGCGCGGCUCGAGGCGAUGGGCACCGCGCCGCGCCUCGCGCUCUUCUCGUGCGUGGCGGUGCCGGGCGCGGGCGAGGGCGGCAUCGGCGAGGCCGUGCGCACGGCCGACGGCACGCCUCUGCUCAACCACCGGCGGCCCGCUUGGUGA